AUGGUGUUCAGGUCGCCACUCGACUUUUUCUCAGCCUCCCGGAUCCUCCUGCCACACUUUGCAGAUGGGCCACCUACCCUGGCCCGCUCCCGGUCCCCGGAGGACCCUCCCUCCCCCUGUCCUCCCCUGGCUCUCCCGGGAAUGUGUUUCUCCGCGGCGCAGAUCGCCAGCGUCUGCGAGACUCUGGAGGAGACCGGAGACAUCGAGCGGCUGGCCCGCUUCCUCUGGUCCCUCCCGGUGACCGCAGACGGGCGCGACUCCAUCUCUGAGCACGAGUCCGUGCAGCGGGCUCGCGCCGUGGUGGCCUACCACACGGGGAGUUUCGUUGAGCUUUAUCACAUCCUGGAGACGCACCGCUUUACGCGCGCAUCGCACGGAAAGCUUCAGGCGAUGUGGCUUGAGGCUCACUACCGGGAGGCAGAGAAGCUCCGGGGGAGACCGCUUGGACCUGUUGACAAGUACCGCGUGAGAAAGAAGUUUCCAUUACCGAGGACAAUCUGGGAUGGUGAGCAAAAGACGCACUGUUUCAAAGAGCGCACACGGGGGCUGCUAAGAGAGUGGUACCUGCAGGACCCCUACCCAAACCCAGGGAAGAAGCGGGAGCUGGCCCAUGCGACCGGACUCACACCGACUCAGGUUGGAAACUGGUUCAAGAACCGGAGACAGAGGGACCGGGCGGCAGCAGCCAAAAACAGGUUGCAGCAUCACCGGAUGUGUCCAGAUGGUGUUCGGUCGCUCAGCGGAGGAGAGUGCAGUCCAGAUGAAGAGCGAGCAGAUGGAGAAACUCUUCUCUCAGUAACAGAUAGUGACUCUGACUUGGAUGUUUAAGACUUGAAUGUACAAUGGACCUUCAAGGGGCCUGUGAUGGUCAGUUGUGGAUUACCAGAGAGCGGAGGAUGUGGACAAAAGGCUCUUCACGGUUUGGGUUGCAAUAAAUGUUCAGGGCUUAUCCCCAGCCCAUCAAACAGGUGACGUAACAAGUUGCAUGCAGUUUUUUU